AUGACAGUCAAUUAUUAUAUGAAAGACCAGAAUCAGGCAAUAAAUGCUGAUAAGAAUAAGAAGUCUGACAAUGCUGAUAAUACUGAUAAUUCUCUUCUCUCUGUCCUCUCUGUUCUCUCUGCUCUCCCCGCCGCCUCUGCUGCCUGUCUUGUCAUCACCUCUGCUGCUGAUGCUGCCCUCUCUGCCCCCCCUGCCGCCUGUCUUGUCACUGCCCCUGCUGCUGCCCCUGCUGCUGCUGCUAUCACUUCUGCUAGUUCUCUCUACCUCUUCUCUGAGGUUCUGAUGACCAGCCCUGGUUUGAAUGUUUUCUGUGAUGAAAAAAAUAUAGACUGA